ACAUCUUGAAUAAUAUUUAGAGGGAUAGUUAAACAAUUUAUCAUCAGUCUAUAAAUGAUGGAAAACAAUAAUUUUGAACAGUUUUUAAGUAAAUAUGAGCAAGAAUUGAGGAAAACAGAAGAAGUUGAUUAUUCGUUAUUAAAAGUGUUUUUUGGGAUGAUUAUCCUUCUUCCAUUACUCGUUUUUAUUAUACUAACAAUUGCUAUUCAUAUUGAUAGCAUUAGUUUAUGUUCAUCAUUAUUUAGGAAACAUGAAGAAGGUAUAGAAUUAGAUGAUUCCAGAUAUACUCCUUCUAGAAUUGUACCUAAAUGCAAUAAACGUCUUAAAAUGGUUGAUUUUAGUACUAUAAUUGAAGAACGAACUUAUCACGGUGAAGACCCGAUCAAUAUCAGUUCUAUAUCUAGAAUAACAUCUAUAGGCCAAGAAAAGUUUCCUACUGUCGGAUGCAGACGACUUUCAGAAUCUGCCGAAGAAUCUCCAUGUGCCUCUACACCUGUUGAAAGUAGAUAUAGAGCUGAACGAUUAAAUUCAACUUAUCAAGAUUUAACCGGUAUUAAAGUCGACAAUAACUAUAAUGAAGUUUUCUCCAGAAGAAGAAGCGAAUUUUCAGUUAACAGCCAUCUUUCUUACGAUACUGAAUGUUAAUUAAUAUUGUGCUUCUUUUCAAAAGUAUUUAUUUUUCCAGUGUUUUUUCAUUCUCUUUCAAUCUUCGAGUUUCUCUUUUUUUGGGAACUUUUAAUAUUCGUUUCCUUUUUAUCCCAAAUUAAUUUUCUAUCUUUUAUUAAUAAAAUAAAAAUAAAACAAAAAGGACAAACAAAAAAAUCAGCCACAAUAAUUCAUAUACUGUACAUAUAAACUUCAUAGAGGAAAUAGAACUUUAAACUUUUA